GGGGCUUGAGGCCGCCUUGCUGCCACCAACAUGGAGACUUUGUACCGUGUCCCAUUCUUAGUGCUGGAAUGUCCCAACCUGAAGCUGAAGAAGCCCCCCUGGCUGCACAUGUCGUCGGCCAUGACUGUGUAUGCUCUGGUGGUGGUGUCUUACUUCCUCAUCACCGGAGGAAUAAUUUAUGAUGUUAUUGUUCAACCGCCAAGUGUUGGCUCUAUGACUGAUGAACAUGGGCAUCAGAGGACAGUAGCUUUCUUGGCCUACAGAGUAAAUGGACAAUAUAUUAUGGAAGGACUUGCAUCCAGCUUCCUGUUUACAAUGGGAGGUUUAGGUUUCAUAAUCCUGGACCGAUUGAAUGCACCAAAUAUCCCAAAACUCAAUAGAUUUCUUCUUCUACUCAUUGGAUUCGUCUGUGUUCUAUUGAGUUUUUUCAUGGCUAGAGUAUUCAUGAGAAUGAAACUGCCGGGCUAUCUGAUGGGUUAGAGUGCCUUUGAGAAGAAAUCAGUGGAUACUGGAUUUGCUCCUGUCAAGGAAGUUUAAAGGCUGUACCAAUCCUCUAAUGUGAAAUGUGGAAAAGAAUGAAGAGCAGCAGUAAAAGAAAUAUCUAGUGAAAAAGCAGGAAGUAUAUUGAAACUUGGACUAGAAUUUCUUUCUUGGUUUAAAGAGACAAGUUGAUCACAGUAUUUUUUUUUCCUGCUGACCUACUGCUAUACCAAUGAUGUUGAGUGGCAUUUUAUUCUUAGUUUUUUAUUUCUUAGAGAAAGUAUACUCCAUAUCUACAACUAUAAUACCAAAUAAAGUGAUUAUUUUUUACAACCCCCUUAACAUUUUUUGGAAAUGACAUUCAGAUUUUCAGAAAUUAACAUAAAAUCAAGAAGCAAGAUUCCAUAAGCUAAGAACUCUGGACAGCUGAUCAGCUUUACCUAUGGUGCUUUGCCUUUAACUAGAGUGUGUGAUGGUAGAUUAUUUCAGAUAUGUAUGUAAGACUGUUUCCUGAACAAUAAGAUGUAUGAAAGGAGCAGAAAUAAAUACUUUUUCUAAU